AUGAGAAAAAGUAGUGUCUUAUUCAAGUCUCCAUUCUCGGAUGAAGAUCCACAUUCAACCCAUACAGACGCUCCCAUUGAGGCACCUCCUGCCAUUCACUCAUCAUCAAGUGGGACUGCCCCUAGUACCGGUGGUAUUUUUAGAGGAGAUUUUGCAAUAAAUCAAUCAGCACCAGGAAAAAGAAUUACAUCCCCAAUGGAUCCAUCCAAGGGAAGCUCAUCUGACCAUACACAGAUACCAACCAAGGGCGAUACACCACAUUUUGAACAACACAUGCCAAUGAGAUUUAACGCAGAAAGACGUACUUCGGUCAGUGGUGAGAGUCUUCAACCUGAUAAUUUUGACGGAUGGACUCCUGACCAUUAUGCUGAGAAAUCUGCUGAACAAUUAAAAAGGUUGGAAGUUUCCAUUGGUAAGAACUUUUUAUUCAAUAAAUUAGAUUCAGAUUCUAAGAAAUUAGUUAUAAAUUGUUUAGAAGAGAAAAAAGUUAAGAAGGGUGACACCAUCAUUAAACAAGGGGAUGAAGGUGAUUAUUUCUAUGUUGUUGAAGUUGGUUCUGUUGAAUUUUACGUUGACGACCAGAAAGUUAGUAAUUCCGGACCAGGUUCAAGUUUUGGUGAAUUAGCAUUAAUGUAUAAUAGUCCCAGAGCAGCUACCGUGUUGGCUUCUAGUGAUUGUACAUUAUGGGCCUUAGAUAGAUUGACUUUUAGAAAGAUUCUGUUAGGAAGUUCUUUCAAGAAGAGAGUCAUGUAUGAUUCCCUAUUGAAAAGUAUACCUAUCCUUGAAAACUUGACAAAUUAUGAUCGUGCAAAACUAGCAGAUGCUUUAGACACCCAAUAUUAUGAACCAGGUCAAGUUAUUCUUCACGAAGGUGAUCCAGGUGAAAACUUCUAUUUGAUUGAAUAUGGUGAAUGUGAAGUUACUAAAGAAGGCAAGGGUUUAUUGACGACAUUACAUGACAGGGACUAUUUUGGGGAGAUUGCUCUUCUAAAGGAUGUGCCAAGACAGGCAACUGUCACUGCUGUAAAGAAAACAAAAGUGGCCACACUUGGAAGAAGUGGGUUCCAAAGAUUAUUGGGACCUGCAGUGGAAAUUCUCAAACUCAAUGAUCCUACUAACAAGUAA